AUGCUGCCAAGUUACAGAGAAGAAGAUUCAAGCAAUACAUCUGAGGAUAUAGAGGCUGGUGGGUUUGUUGUAGAUGAUCCUGAGCCUAAACUCAACAAUAAAAGGAGAUCAAGACGAAUAGCAAGUCUGAAUACGUCUUAUAAGGAAUCAUCUGACGACGAUGUGGCACUUAAUGAUAGAGAUCGAAAUGGUAGAAAAGGGACAAGAGCAACCAGGAAUAGGAGGAAAAAAGACUCGCCUGCUUUGGAAGAGGACGAUGAACUAGAAGAUGAAAAUUUUGAGUUAUAUAAAAUGUCUGAAGAUCUGGACCUUGAAAUAGUGAAUUCUUCGAGAGCCACCAGAGACGGAAGUUCAAGCUUUCAAGCCAUAUCGCUUUCUGAUGUCGAUGAUCCGAAUGAGGAAGUUCCUUUAUCUGAAUUGAAUCCUCCAGCCAAGAAGCGCAAGAAGGCACCUAAGAAAGCAGCAAGUAAGAGGAAGAAAAAGGAACCUAAGGUCAAAGUUCCUUACUUUACAAGGAUCACUAAUAGGCUCUAUGAGCAGCAUCCUCAUUUGAAAAAUGUAUUUCCUUAUUUGCAGUCAAUAGAAGGAAUACCCGACAAAAGGGCAGAGCAUCCUAAAGGCAUGACUAUCAAGUUGCUUCCUUUCCAGUUAGAGGGUUUAAAUUGGUUGAUAAAGCAAGAGGAAGGUGAAUUCGGAGGAGGAAUUUUGGCGGAUGAGAUGGGAAUGGGAAAAACUAUCCAGACUAUAGGGUUAUUUAUGCAAGAUACUACAAAGAGACCCAAUUUAGUUGUUGGACCCACUGUCGCAUUGAUGCAAUGGAAACAUGAAAUUGAAAAACAUACUGAAAAUGGAUCACUCAAGACGUUGCUAUUCCAUGGUGCUAAUAGGAGUAGUGAUGUUGAAGAGUUAACGAAAUAUGACGUUAUUUUGACAUCGUACUCUGUCUUGGAAUCAGUUUAUCGUAAGGAGAAUUAUGGUUUUAAGAGAAAAAAUGGGUUGGUGAAAGAGAAAUCACCAUUACAUGCAAUUAAAUUUUACAGAGUUAUCUUAGAUGAGGCACAUAAUAUUAAGGAUAGGAACUCCGGUACAGCAAAAGCAGCUAAUAACUUGAAUACAGUUAAAAGAUGGUGCUUGACAGGAACACCUUUACAAAACAGAAUUGGUGAGUUGUAUUCUUUAAUCAGAUACAUGAAAAUUGAGCCCUUUCAUAAGUAUUUUUGCACAAAGUGUGAAUGCUCCAGUGAUGAGUGGAAAUUUUCUGAUUGGAGACACUGUAAUAUUUGUGGUCAUUCACCCAUGGUUCAUACGAAUUUCUUUAAUCAUUUCAUGUUGAAAAAUAUUCAGAAAUAUGGGAUUGAAGGCGAUGGAAAAAUUAGUUUUCAGAACAUAAGGCUUCUUUUGAAUAAUGUGAUGCUUCGUAGGACCAAGUUAGAGAAGGCAGAUGAUUUAGGGUUACCUCCUAGAAUAAUUGAGAUCAAAACUUAUAAGUUUAAUGAAGAAGAAAAGGAUUUGUACACAUCACUCUAUAGCGAUUCCAAAAGGAAAUUUAAUGACUAUGUGGCUGAGGGUGUCGUGUUAAACAAUUACGCUAAUAUAUUCACCUUAAUCACAAGGAUGAGACAAUUGGCAGAUCAUCCAGAUUUAGUUUUGAAGAAGAUCGGAAACAAUCAAUUGGCAGAUCAUAUAGAUGGAGUAAUAAUCUGCCAACUCUGUGAUGACGAAGCUGAAGAUGCCAUAGAAUCCAAAUGCCAUCAUAGAUUCUGUAGGAUGUGUAUUCAAGAGUAUAUUGAGGGCUUUGGAGGUGUUGAGAGUAAACUUCAAUGUCCAGUUUGUCACAUUGGGUUAUCCAUAGAUAUGCAACAACCUGCAUUGGAGAUUGACGAAGAGCUAUUCACGAAGGCCUCAAUUGUGAACAGAAUCAAACUGGGAUCACAUGGUGGUGAAUGGAAGUCGUCAACAAAAAUUGAAGCUCUUGUUCAAGAACUCUACAAGAAUAGAUCUGAUCGGUUCACAUUGAAAUCUAUUGUAUUUUCACAGUUCACUUCGAUGUUGGAUCUCGUGGAAUGGAGAUUGAAGAGAGCAGGAUUUCAGACCGUCAAAUUGCAAGGCUCAAUGUCACCUCAGCAACGAGAUAACACUAUUAGAUACUUUAUGGAAAAUACUCAAGUCGAAGUGUUUCUCAUCUCGUUGAAAGCGGGUGGUGUGGCCUUAAACUUGACAGAAGCUCUGAGAAUUUAUAUAUUGGACCCAUGGUAUAAUCCGACGGUAGAGUGGCAGGCAAUGGACCGUGUUCAUCGUAUCGGUCAGCGUCGGCCUGUUAAGAUCACUAGAUUCGCCAUAGAAGAUAGUAUAGAACUGAAAAUUAUAGAAUUACAAGAGAAAAAAGCUAAUAUGAUCAAUGCCACUAUUAGUCACGAUGAUGCUGCUAUCAAUAGGCUUACCCCUGACGAUUUACAAUUCUUAUUUAACAAUUAA